AUGGCUGUGCUUUUUGGAAAGUUGAGAGAGCACGAGCUCGAGUUGAAUAGACUAAGUGUUGAGGAAGCCCAAGGAAAGAGGAAAACGUUGGCCUUCAAAACUGAAAAUUCUAAGGGCACAAGUUCAGAAAAGGAUGAGGAAUCUGAAGAUGAAGACUCAGACGACGAUGAUAUGAUUCACAUGUUCAGAAAAUUCAACAAGUUCAUGAAAUUGAAAGGCAAGGAACAAUUUAAAAAGGAUCGAAAGAAGAAACAUAGAUCUUCUUUAAAAUAUACGUGUUAUGGUUACGGAGAAAAAGGACACGUUAAUGGGGAUUGUCCAAACCUUAAUAAGGGUGAAGAAAAGAAGUCAUUCAAGAAAAAGAAUGUUUAUAUUGCUUGGAAUGAUAAUGCUUCAAGCACUUCUUGUUCAAGUGAUUCUGUUGAAGAAGCGAACUUAUGUUUAACAACUAUUGUUGAUGACACUGCAAGCCAAGUGAAAUUUUCUAAAGGAAAAGAAAGCUCUAUGGUAUCCUGUUCCGCCGAUGGUGGUGGGGAAGGUGGUGGUGGUGUUGGUCGUGGUGGCGGUAGUGGUGGUGGUGUUUAUGGUGGUGGUGGCAGUGGUUGUGGAGGCGGUGGCAGCGGCGAUGGUAGUGCAAUGGUGCUGGUGGUGGUGGUUGAUGAUAGACGGGGUCCAAGCCCAUCAUGGAUCCAUCACUUGAAGCAUGCCUAG